GAAGGUUAGCUUGUUCUUUAACUAAUGCACGUAUUCCUGGAUGUUUACAGCGGUGCUCAAAACAUUUCAGAAGAAAUGGAGAUCUUACCGGCACAGGUUCGUGCCGUGGGUUGUGUUCAACCUGUCUAAAAAUGAGAAAACCCUGCGGAAGGUGACGGAGCGCUCCGAUGACAAACUGAUCCCGGACGAGCAGGUUUCACAGAGCCUGCUGAAGCUGUUCCGAGCCCUGCUCAGGAGUCGAGGCCAGAUCCGAUCAGCCCAGACUCACGUUCUGCCACGGUUUAGUAGUAAACAAGAGCAGUAUGAUGAAUAUCCAGCGAGUGGGCAAGAUUUUAUGUUACAGAAUCUUGGAUUUUGCAUUGAUCGGAAGCGCAGCUCUUUACCCUCUGCGGGAACUGGGGUGUUUGUCACCGUGGGAUUUGUACCAAAAGGAGCAACAGUUGCCAUGUAUCCUGGCACCAUCUAUCAACCCUAUGAGCCCAUUCUCCUUCAAUCCAUCAGAAACCCCUUUGUAUUCAGGUGUAUCGAUGGUGUCUUGAUUGAUGGAAAUGAUAAAGGCAUCUCCAGAAUGGUGUUCAGGUCCUGCAGUGGCCGGGACAGAAUAGGUCCUUUCUUGACUAGUGACACCAGCUGGCUGACAGACAGUCCACAAAACCCACUGGCUGUGGGUCAGUAUGUCAACAACUGCUCCAACGAAAGGCCUGCUAAUGUUUGCUAUCAGGAGUACGACGUGCCGGAGAAGUUCCCCAUGGAGCUCCGCCAGUAUCUUCCUAACGUCAACUACAGCCAGGACACGCGCCGACCUCUGCGUUGUGUUGUCCUGGUGUCACUCAGAGAUAUUCAAGCAGGGGAGGAACUCUUCUCUAACUAUUAUACCAUUGUGCAUUAAAAUAUUUUCACUCCAGUUAAAAAGUAGCCUUCUUUAUUUUAAAUAUCCCAGCAAUAAUUUUACUGUAAUCAAUUGAAUAAUAAUGUACAACCAGCUCUCUGCUUGUAUACACUGGAAUAAAAGUUAAAUAUUGUUA